GAUAAGCUAUAUACAGAGUCGAGAGUUCACACACCAGAGCUAGAUACAGAGAAGCAACACCAUGCGCGCUCCGGCGAGCCUCCUGCACCGCGUCGCUCUCGCCAAGACUGGUCCGGGCGAGCCAUCGUCGUCGCCGAUGAGUAUGAAGGCUCCUGAGAACCAGCAGACGGCUCCUGUGAUGGCAGUGAACUCAGACAUGGUGCUCAUCCUAGCGUCGUUGCUAUGUGCGCUCGUCUGCGUCCUUGGCCUCGCCCUAGUCUCCCGGUGCACAUGGCGACGCCGCCGCUCGCCCUCAUCCUCCGACCACGCUCCUCCAGCCCCAAAGGGCCUCAAGAAGAAGGCCAUCCACGCGCUCCCAACCGUCUCCUUCGCCGCCAACGGGGCUUCUCCGACGCCGGCGACAUGCUCGUCGUCAGAGUGUGCGAUCUGCCUGGCGGAGUUCACGGAGGGGGAGGCCCUGCGUGUGCUCCCACGGUGCGGCCACGGCUUCCAUGUCGCAUGCGUCGACGCCUGGCUCCGGACAUGUGCCACAUGCCCCUCGUGCCGUGCCCCCAUCCUUGCCACGCCCGCGCAGCCGCCGGCGACGACAACGGUGGUGGUCGUGGUGGCGGCAAACAAUAGGUGCGGGAGGUGCGGCGAGCUGGCGGCGCCGACCGGUGGUGGCGAUGACACGUUUUUACCUUAGUUUGUUAAUUAAUCUGGUUUGUAGAAUUGUAGUAUUGUUCUUGUGCCCUGUUUUCCUCUCUCUCUCUCUCUCUCUCUCUCUCUCUCUCUCUCUCUCUCUGCUUUUUAGCUAGGUGGCGUUGUACAUUCAA